AUGAGUCAGGUCUCUGACAUUGCUCUCACGGAUUUUGAGUCUGUUAAAUCAGACAAUUCUUCCAGUUCAAGUGCAAAUACCAUUGAAAUCCCACUACGUGGUGGCGAUGAAGUGAUUGAACUGGAUAUAAACCAAUUGCCUGAUGGGGACGAAGUCAUCAACAUUCUUACUCAGGAGGUUGCUCCACUUCCCGUUUGGAUCAACAUCGCUUUGGCCUACUACAAGAAGAAGCUUUUCGACGAUUUCGAGAAGGUCCUUGAGGAGGCCAAGCAGAGUGUCUCUAAUCUGCAACCCUACAGUGAGAACGACUUCCUCCAACUGCUGGACAUGCUUGCCAACUACUGUGGGAAAAAGGCUUCAAGGCAGUUGAUCACACGAGCCGCCACUCUGUUCACCUCUGCUGACCGAAUCGCGAUGUACGAUCAGAAACACCUUCUGGGACGUGCAUUUUAUUUCAUUUACGAAGGCGAAAAGUGGAGUCAAGCAGACAGCCAGCUCAAUUUUGUGCUGAAUCAGGGGUCGCCAAAUGUGCAGGCCUAUUUAGGCAAAGCUUGCAUUGCUUUCAACAAGCAGGAAUAUAGGAACGCUCUAGCAUUUUAUCGCAAGGCCUUACGUCUCCAGCCAAAUUGUUCAGCCUCGGUGCGUUUGGGAAUCGGGCAUUGUUUUGCGCGUCUUGGUAAUCCUCAGAAGGCGAGAUUGGCCUUCCAGAGGGCUUUGGAUUUGGAUCCUGAGAGUGUUGAGGCGCUUGUCGGAUUGGCAAUCCUGGAUCUUAAUGAAAAGACCCAGGAGUCUAUUAAACAGGGUGUUCAGAAGCUCUCUAAAGCCUAUAAUCUGGGUCCAACCAACCCCAUGGUUCUGAACCAUCUGGCGGAUCAUUUCUUCUACAAGAAGGAAUACGACAAGGUUCAUCAGCUCGCAAUGCAUGCUUUUCACAAUACGGAGAAUGAGGCGAUGCGUGCUGAGAGUUGCUAUCAGAUGGCGCGAGCUCUUCAUGUUGAGGGAAACUAUGACAAAGCUUUCCAAUACUACUAUUUGGCCACUCAGUUUGCCUCUCCGAACUUCCUUCUUCCGUUCUAUGGUCUUGGUCAAAUGUAUCUCCACCGUAACGACCUCGAGCACGCUGCUAUUGCCUUUGAGAAGGUUUUGAAGGUCUAUCCGAAUAACUACGAAACGUUGAAGAUCUUGGGAAGUCUUUACGCCCAAUCCAACAAGCUGGACAAGCGAGCUCAAGCUAAGCAACUAUUCAAACAGGUCACAGAAAGUCAGCCGGAUGAUGUGGAGGCGUGGAUUGAGUAUGCGCAGUUGUUGGAAAACGAUACGUCGGGAGCUCUGAGUGCCUACUUAAAUGCGCUCAGCAUUCUCGAGAAUGUUCAAUUAGAGGUGUCUCCAGAGAUUCUGAACAAUAUUGGGGUUCUCUACUUCAUGAAUAAUGAACACAGCAAAGCUGGUUCUUUCUUGAACCGAGCCUACGACCGUAUUCGUGAGGAGCAGCUUCAGGAGGAGGAGAGUGGUGGAAUAGAUGGGGAGGGGCGAGCAUCGCAUCUCCAAUACCCCGCGCCUUUGACGAGCACAACCACCGCCAACGCAAUUUUGGAACUGCAUCGCCGCACCGCCACCACAAGUGGUGAUACCGCUUCUGCAUCUGCUGGCGGUGGCGACAACUAUUACCAUGACCUUGCUGUCACCGUACAUUAUAACCAGGCUCGUCUGCAUGAAGCUAUGAAUCGUCCUGACCUUGCAGAAGCGGCCUACAAGUCUAUCCUCCUUCAGCAUCCCACUUACGCGGACUGCUACAUCCGUCUAGGUUGCAUAGCUAGCGAUCGAGGUCAGCUUCGCGAUGCCUCUUUGUGGUUCCGUGAGGUCCUUGAGGUGAACCCCGACCACCCAGAUGCCUGGAGCCUUCUAGGCCAGUUGCAUCUCUCCCGCGGUGAGGUGGAGUCAGCCCAACGCAAGUUCGAACGCAUCAUCCGCCAGCCCAAGUACCGCGCCGAUGCCUACUGUCGCAUUACCCUAGGUAAUGUGUGGCUUCGGAGUCUGCACCAUCACCACCGUUAUAACACCAACCCUAACCAGACUCAACAACAACAGCAACAGGGUCGAGACAAGGACCGGCGGCGCCGACACGAGGAGCGAGCGCUAUCUUGCUACAAGGCGGUCUUGAGUGCAGACCCACGCAACAUUUGGGCCGCCCACGGCAUCGGCUGCGUGUUGGCGCAUAAAGGCUUCAUCAAUGAGGCGCGCGAUGUGUUUGCUCAGGUCCGAGAGGCCACUGCAGACUUCCCCGAUGUAUGGAUGAACAUUGCACAUGUCUAUGUUGAGCAGAAACAGUACACUGCGGCUAUUCAGAUGUACGAGAACUGCAUUCGUAAGUUUAACAAGAGUAGCGAUACAGAGCUGCUGCUCUAUCUGGCUCGAGCAUACUUCAAAGCCAACCAUUUGAAGGAGUGCAAAGCUGUGCUUCUGAAGGCACGUCAUGUGAAACCCUGGGACCCCCUUUUGACCUUCAACCUGGCUUUAGUGCAAAAACGCAUGGCGGUUUUGGUUUUGAAGGACGAGGCGAGCAGUUUUGCAGCCGUCUGUGAGGCCAUCUCGGACCUCAGCAUGGCUAGAUGCACAUUUGAGCACAUUUCAAAGUCGAGCGAAAUUGUUAAUCAGUCAAUAUCGCUGGAUGAGGCUCGAGCUUGCCAUGAUCUGUUGAGUCAGGCCAAGUACCAUCUGGAUCGGGCGAAAUCGCGCGAAGAACAAGAGCGUCUCUUCCGUCAGCGCCAGGAGGAAGAGCGUGAGGCACAGAGAAGGAAGCAGGCAGAACUUCAGGCAAAAGCAGAGGCUUUACGCCUGGAGCGCGAGCGUCGACUGGAAGAGGAACGUGGCAAGUUCAUCGAGAAGGCCAAACAGAUCAGUUUGGAGUCUUCGGCUCUGGAGAAAAAAGUGAGAAAGAGCACCGGCGGAAAGAAGAGAGCUGCAGACGAGGACGGGUUCAUAGACGAUGGAGUCGACAGCAGCAGUAGCAGUGGGAAUGAUGUAGACCGUGAGAAGGCGGUUGGGGAGGCUGGUGAUAUAAUCUUGAAAAAAAGUGUCAGACGCCUCAAGAAAUCCUUACGAGGUGCUGUAGAGACAAAGCGUCGGAAAACUUCCCCCUCAAAAGAACUCAGUGAGCGCCAUAAUCAUCACUAUCACCAUCACCAUCGCCACCAUCAACAUCACCACCACCGCAGUAAUGAUGAAGAGAAACUAUCCACUCGACAGCGAGGUCGUGUGGUCAGCAAGGCACUAAUCAGUGAUGAGGAUGACUUUGGAAGCUCCAGUGGAGACGAAGAUAUGGAGGAAGCGAGGAUUCGACACCAGAAGAAGGUAGAAGCACAGGAGGUAGAGGGUGCGGAAAGAAGCCUCUCACAUCAAGGGAAGCGGAAAGACGCGUUGGACUCUCUCAGUGAGUCCUCGGACGACAAAUUGGUAUUAAGGAAAGGUAGCGACAGGGCAGAGAAAGUGGAGAGUAGAAGGAGCGUGGAGCGAGGACGGAAGCGAAAGAGCAGUGAUGAUGAAUCGUCAGACAAUGAGGGUGGGGGCGGUGGAGCUGCCAAACGAGCUCGUGUGCUGGAGAGCAGCAGCAGUGGUAGCGAGGCAGGUGAUACCCAAGAGCGGCAAGAAGAAAAGACAUUAUUAGCGAAAAACGUCGCUUCUUGGUUGAGAACCUUAUCUUCGUCUUCUGAAGAUGAGUCCUGA